AAAAAUAAAAACAUUCAUUUUGUAUUUCGUCAAAGUUAUCAUAAAAAAUACAAUAUAACAAUUUGUAAAUCAUUCUUAUCCUGAAAAAUUUAAUGUAUUUACUCAAUAGUGCUUGUCGUUUUAUGCUACUUUUCGAUUAAUACAUAUAGAGAACUGAGCUCCUGGCUGUACUUCGUUAUGUCCCGUUUUAUAUUACUAUUCUCUUGUAUUUUGGCUUUUGAGAAAGGUGUAAGGGGGAUUGAGGUCUCUAUUUCUAAUGAUGGACCAGGAGUUCGUGGUUCUUACAUAACUUUUACUGCAACUGUGGCAAACUACGAUGGAGAAAGUCUUAAAUUUUCUUUUUGGGAUAAUGCCCAACCACAGCAUUCUGCAGAAUUUAUACAGUCAUCCCCUGUUUCAAAUUGGAGUGUAGAAUAUCCUCGAUUUGUAUAUGAAGCUGGGGAAUACAGCACCAAGGUAAUGCUGAUGAAGAACUUUGUAGGAAUUUGGUAUCCAGCUGCCAGUGCUGUUACUGAAUUUAAAUUAACCGAUGCUCUUAAUGGCAAUUUAGUUUUGAGUCAAAAUCAGGAAGAUAGACCAAACAAUUUCGUCAUGGUCAAUCGCACAGUUACCCAUCGCAUUGAGUUACCGAAAAAGGAAUUGGAGUUUUUAAAGAAGAAUUCUUCAACUAUUGUUACUUAUUGGUUUAAAGAUUGUACCUAUGUAGACCAAACUACAGAUUUUACCCUGAAUUAUACAUAUACAGAUUUAAUGAAUGAUCAUUAUAUUGAAGCUAUGGUGGUCGCUAACAAUGAGCCUCUUCAACCUAUAACAACUACAACAACUACUACAACUACUACUACCACUACAACUACAACUACUACAACAACUACACCAAAACCAACGCCCACAAUACCACCCCAAUCAAUUACAGAAAUAAUCACAUCAAAUACUAAUGAAACACUGCCUACUCAUAAGUUGGUAAGACGAGCAGUGUCCAAUAAGACAGUGAAAAAGAAUAAUUCAUAUAAAGAUUACAUUUGUCAUAAUACCAGUAUAGUGCCUAUAGGUAAAAAUUAUACAUAUGGAUAUUAUCAAGAGACGAUUAGUGUCAGAGCACCAAUAUCGGUCAUCAAUAUCACUGGCAAAAAUUGGCUCCAACAUGGAGAUUUGCUCAAUUUGCAGGUUAUGUACACGGGGUCGCCACCCUUCGAUUACUGUGUGUUGUACAAAUUGGGGCAAUACAACAUUACAGGCAAUGAGACUUGCAUGUCGAAAACUAGGACACUAUCAAACACUUUCCCUUUGGUCCAUUAUUUCUCAGAUAGUGAUCAACAUACAGUUGUAGUGGUGAUUGAAAAUGACAUUGGAAAGACUGCUUCUAGAGCAACAAUUAACAUCUAUAAAGCUGUGGUUCAUGCACAGUUGUCAGUUAUUGUGGUGCCAGUGGUGUUCUGUUUGGUUGCUGUUAUUUUGGUGGUGUUUGGCAUAGCAUAUUAUCAACAUAAAUCCAGAUAUACGGUAGAGGUGGCAGACUUUGAUUUCGGCCAAGCUCAUUUAGAUUACAAGACUUUUAUGGAGAGACUGAGGGACAGUUUUAGAAACGCAUUCCACUUCAGACAGCAUGACGAUACUGACCCUCUCACCGCCAAUACUAGGUACGAUUCUAUGACGUAGAGGCAGUAUUUAACGUAAAAAAAUGGAAGGGAAUGAAAUUUAUCAUUGUCAUAUAGAGACGCGAACGGUUGGAUAUGUGUGAUAUCGUGCCAUCAAAUAAGAAUGCUGAUCAAAUAAUAAUUGUUGAGACGUGCAUGUACUGUAGUCCAUUUCUAAUAUUUUUUUAGAUAUUUGUGACUAAGAAAAUCAUGUUCGUGGAUAAAGUACUUUAAAAAUUGUAACGGCCAUUCCAAUUUAUCACUAGAGCAUUUACGCGUGUUAGAUGUAAGGAUUGAAACGAUCGAGAAAUUAUUAAUAUGAUAAAUAUAUGUUAAAUAUUUAUUUUAUUAUUCAAAAGCCAAAUCAUAUAAAUGUUAUUGAAUGAGAUGAAUGACUGAAUGAAAAUUACAAUUAUUGUUUAUUAUAUAGCAUAUACUUUUUUAUAUAUAUAGGGAGAAAAUUAUCCUUGUCAAAAGGCGUGC